AUGGGAGCAGAAAACCACACAGGAUUAUCACAUUUCCUCCUCCAGGGCUUGUCAGAUGACCCUGAAUUGCAGCCUGUUCUCUUUGGACUGUUCCUGUUCACAUACCUGGUCACCAUCCUGGGGAACCUGCUCAUCAUCCUGGCUGUCAGCUCUGACUCCCACCUCCACACCCCCAUGUACUUCUUCCUCUCCCACCUUUCCUUCAUUGACAUCUGUUUCAUCUCCACCACAGUCCCAAAGACGCUGGUGAACAUCCAGACACAGAACAAAGACAUCUCCUACAUAGAGUGCCUCACUCAGGUAUAUUUUUUUCUUAUUUUUCUUGGGAUGGAUAACUUCCUACUGACUGUGAUGGCUUUUGACCGCUUUGUGGCCAUCUGCCACCCCCUGAACUACACAGUUAUCAUGAACCCUUGGCUCUGUGUCCUCCUGGUUCUAAUGUUUUGGCUCAUCAUGUUCUGUGUCUCCUUGAUUCAUAUUCUACUGUUAAAUCAAUUGACCUUCUCCAUAGGCACUGAAAUCCCACAUUUCUUCUGUGAACUGUCUCAUCUUCUCAAGGUGGCUAGCUCUGUUACCCUUGUCAAUAACAUCUUUCUAUAUGUAGUGACUGCUCUGCUGGGUGUGUUUCCUGUCACUGGGAUUCUCUACUCUUACUCUCAGAUUGUCUCCACCUUAUUGAGGAUGUCCUCCUCUGUGAGCAAGUAUAAAGCCUUUUCCACCUGUGGGUCUCACCUCUGUGUGGUCGCCUUAUUCUAUGGAACAGGAUUUGGGGUUCACCUCAGUUCUGCUGUGACCCAUUCUUCCCAGAGAACCAUGCUCGCCUCAGUAAUGUACACUGUGGUCACCCCCAUGCUGAACCCUUUCAUCUACAGCCUGAGGAACAAGGAUGUGAAGGGGGCCCUGCGGAGACUCUUCGGCAGAGCAGCCUCUGGCCCUUGGUGGAUCCCUGACCUUAGAGCUAAAGGGACAUUGUGGUCCCUGACACAAAUGUUGUGA